ACCAAGGUCCAUCGAGGGGUUUAUCUGGUCACGUGUCACAUCGAGCCUUUCAACUCUGGUCGAUUUCUCGAUACAAAGUUGCAACCCCAAAGCCGCACCAAAACCCACCGCCAAAAUGUCUUUCUCUGCCUGUACAUUUCCAUGAUAUGCUCACCAUCUCAAUACUUUUAAAAGCAUCAUAACAUAUCUCGUUCGGGCACACGAAGAAUGGCGCCCCCAGCCCCACACCCAGAACUCCUUUCCAUCUCCGGCCUCCUCCUAGCCACAGCCCACCGCAACAAGAACCAGCACCGGCUGUCCAAAUGGUGGAAAGCAUUCUCGCAGCUCCGACGGCACGUCUCGAAGCUGAUCAUCGAGCUUGAGGCUCUUGAUCGCGAGGUGCUGCUGUAUGGUCAGGGACAUAGGAAGACGGUGGGAUCACGUGAGGCUGUCGAGAGACGGGUGGGGUUUUUCAGGGACUUGUUGAUGCCGAGGUGUUUUUUGGCUUUCUCGGGUCUGGUCGCGGAUAAUCAGUAUGCGGCUCUGGGACUCAUGCUGAUGGCGACGUUAGGGAGGGUCCGGAAGCUGAUCCUGCCUUUGAGGAAGGGGGAGGAAGAUGAGGGUACGGAGGAGAAGACGGUUGCUGAGGGAGUGGUGGACCAUGAGCAACUGGAUCUGGGAGAGGUGGUUCGGAGGGAUGAGGUUGAGGAGAUCGCUGGGGAGAAGAGGAAAGAAAAAGAGACUGGGGAGGCUGAGGAGGAAGGGGAUGAUGGUGUUGAAGUCAAGAAGUCAAGGAAGAAAGAGAAAAAAGAGAAACGGAGUAUGGGAGAAGCAGAGCUUUCGAAGGGAGCCGAGUCAACACCGGCGAAACGUCCGAAGAAGAAGCGGAAAAAGGGCGACGCUUUUGAUGACUUGUUCGAUAGUUUGAUUUGAACUUAAACUGCCUUUGCACGAAGACUUCUGAUGUGAAUGCAAUUCUAACUCUAUUGGGUACUCGCUUUUCAAUUACAGCCAGAUUAAAAUCACCUCUGUGUGUAUUUCGUGCCAAGCCAGAAAAGCAGACUUCCGAGUCCCACGUUAAUACCCAGGUGCUGGCCUAUACUCCAAGCCAUACUAUAUAAAUAUUUCGGCGAAAACACCGUCCAGAUGAACAGAUGUGUCCGCAGCAGUGUGCAAGCAGCCAUGACAAAGAAGAGACUGCUCGUCACGAAGACCGUGAGCAAAGCCAGAUGUUCCUUCAGCAGGUUCCUAUGUCCUGAUUCAUGCAACUUCAAGAGCAUGAGGUUUGUGGAAGACGCCCAGAAUAUCGGACCCGCCCAGUUGCUGACGAAUGUGAGAACUCCUACAGCGAUCACGUUGUAGCCGCUCACGCCGUUGUAGGCACUCG